AUGUUGAUUACAAAGGUCCUCCCAGUCUUUGCGCUCCUCGGCGCAUCUCUUGCUCAGGACAAAACAAGACAUCAUCAUCCUGCUCGUGCUUCAGCUUGCACACCAGUAGCAGGUGGAUCAGCCUCAAUUGACGAUGUUCCUGCUAUCACAUCGGCAAUUGCCAAAUGCGGAAAGGGAGGCAUCAUCGUCAUCCCCGCUGGCAAAACCUACAACUUGAACAGCCCAUUGGAUUUUGCGGGAUGUGUGGGCUGUGACUUCCAGCUGGAAGGCACCUUGAAUUUCAGCGCGUCGACAGAGAUCUGGAAGGGACAGACAGCAAUGAUCAACAUCAAGAACAUCCAGGGACUUAAAAUCCGGUCCCUGGAAGGCCAAGGAGUCAUUGACGGAAAUGGGCAAGCGUCAUGGGACCUUUUCGCCAAAGACAGCAGCUACCGUCGCCCAACCCUGCUCUACAUCACCGGCGGCUCUGACAUCGAGGUCUCCAACCUCCGCCAAACGAACUCCCCCAAUGUCUUCAAUUCCAUUCAAGGCAACACCAAGACGGCGAUUUUCUUCAAUCUGCACAUAGAAGCCACCUCCAGCAGCGACAAUAAGCCCAAGAAUACAGACGGCUUUGACAUCGGGGCCAGCACAGACGUAACCAUCAGCAACGUGAGCGUGACGAACAACGAUGACUGCGUGGCAUUCAAGCCCGGCGCAGAUGGCGUCAUUGUCAAGGACCUUACCUGUAUUGGAAGCCAUGGACUGUCGGUGGGAUCGCUGGGCAAGAAUAAUAAGGACUUCGUGAAGAAUGUGCAGGUAUCUGGCGCGAGGAUGAGUAAGUCGACCAAGGCAGUGGGCAUCAAGACGUAUCCCUCUGGUAACGGUCAUGCCAAGUCGACAGUGAGCAACAUUACCUUCUCGGAUAUUAUUGUCGAUGGGUGUGACUAUGCGAUUCAGAUCCAGAGUUGCUAUGGAGAGGAUGCAGAUAACUGUGUGAAGAAUCCUGGGGAUUCGGAUUUGACAGGCAUUGUCUUUCGGAAUGUUAGUGGGAAGACAAGUGGAAAGUAUCAAGCUGUUACAGGCAGUCUGUUGUGUGGAUCUCGUGGGGUCUGUGAUAUUGAGGUUGAUGGUUACACUGUUGUGGCACCCAUUGGGGGAAGUGAGGUGCAGUGUGCCAAUACCCCGUCGAAAUUGGGGGUAAUGUGCACUUCCGGUACCUCGAGCUGA